AUGAAAAUCCCAUUGGACCCGGGGAGCUCCGCCAUUUUUUUCAGGUUUCUCUGCGGUCUCACCGUGGCGUUGGCACUGGUCCCAGAAGCCGUGGCCUUCGCCCUGGCCGCUGGGCUGCCGCCGGAUGUCGGGCUCAACAGCGCAUGGAUCAUCUCAGUGGUCACCGCUCUCUUCGGAGGUCGUCCUGCGAUGAUUUGCGGCGCCACCGGCUCUCUGGCUGUCUUGGUGCCUGAGACGGUGCAACAGGAGCAUGGCAAGGUGCUGCUGUUCUACGCAGUGAUCCUCAUGGGUAUCAUCGAGAUCUUCUUGGGUUUGAUCAAUGUGGGCACUUUGGCCACCUGGAGCAAUGGGCAGGGACCCAGGGUGAAACUCAUUCCAGUGCCUGUCAUGAUCGGCUUUUGCAACGGUUUGGCCCUGGUGAUUGGCCUUGCUCAGAUCAGCAACUUCAAGGACCCUCACUACCUUCACGCAGCAUCGCCUGAAUCAUCGCUAUCAGGGCGACGACUAGGCGCAUUUCACGCCUUCCAAGACGGUGUUCCGUUCAUCCACGGAGAGGAGGCAGGCCUAGCCGCGCUGAUCACAGUGCUGGCCUUUGUGGUCUCCCUGUGGUUGCCGAGACUCUCCACACGAGUUCCUUCUGCGUUGAUUGCCAUCUUGGUUGGGACGGCCUUUGAAUGGGCCAUCGUGAGGCGGGCGCCGAAAACCAUGGGGGCGUUGGGAAAAGUUGGGAAAUGUCCCAAGUUGGUGAGUUUUGAAGAAAUUCAUCCCCCAAGCUUUCAUAGGUCCGGGUAG